GGAGGAAAGAUCCCCAUCCGAUGGACGUCUCCAGAGGCCAUUGCCUACAGGAAGUUCACGUCAGCCAGUGACGUGUGGAGCUACGGCAUCGUCAUGUGGGAGGUGGUCUCAUACGGAGAGAGACCUUACUGGGAGAUGUCCAACCAGGAUGUGAGUAGUUUCAUUAUGAUAAAGCACAGUGUAUAGCUGAUAUGGUAUAUAUUCAUCAAUUAUUUGCUAUUGAUGGCUGUUCUUGUCAAUCGUGGGUUUGUUUUGUGCGGAAGCUAGAUGGACUCAGUUGGCUUUCUCUCCCAUCCUCAGUGGACUAGCAUUAUUAUGAUGACAAUUAUUGUGAUUGACUAGGGUCUAUCUAAUCCGCCUCUAUGUCUCUCUCUCUCUCCCUCCCCCAAUUUCCAGGUGAUAAAAGCGAUAGAUGAGGGAUACCGUCUUCCGGCCCCUAUGGACUGUCCUGUUGUCCUCCACCAGCUGAUGUUGGACUGCUGGGAGAAGGGCCGCAGCGAACGGCCCAAGUUUGGCCAGAUCGUCACCACCCUGGACAAGCUGAUCAGAAACCCAGCCAGACUCCGAGAGCUGGCCAACAGCUCAGUAUGGUGAGUUACAAUGGGUCAAAAACUCAGUCUUCAGGCACACACUGUCAGAUCCAGAAUAAACUAUUAGAACUAGUAUCUGGACUGUUUGUGAUAUUUAACUAUGCUGAUAAGAAUGUGUAUAUUCUCUCCUGUUUGCCCAGCAGGGAAGACCCAACCACUCCAGAGUUUAGUGUGAGUACGGUGGAGGAGUGGCUGGAGGCCAUCAAGAUGGACCAUUACAAGGAGAACUUCUCCAGCGCUGGAUACGUCACCCUGGACUCUGUCCUCUACAUCAGCAUCAGGUGAGAGACAUGGGCAGGGCUGGACUGAGCUGGGCUGGACUGAGCUGGGCAGGGCUGGACUGAGCAGGGCUGAGCUGAGGCUGGGCUGAGCUGAGUUGGGGAAAGGGGAGUCUGUUGUUGCAGCUGUUUCGCGUUUUUCUAACUCCCUUUUUGCUCUGUCCUCUUCUGUAGUGAGCUCGUUAAGAUGGAUGUGACUUUGGCGGGUCACCAGAAGAAGAUCCUCUCCAGUGUCCAGAGCCUGCAGACCCAGGGGACCCACAUCCAA